AUGCUUGGAAUCUCCACCACUCAAAUCAAAAGCGUCUCGGUCGGAUCUUGGGCUCACAAUGAUAUCUUGGCGAUGGAACGGGGAGGAAACUGCUGGGUCAAUACAGUUUACGAAGCCCAACUUGUCAAGAAGAGACAGUGUCAAAAGCCAACAGAUUCAUCGGAAAUGUUGCAACGACAUGCGUUCUGCCAUCUCAAGUACGUAAAGCGGUGGUAUUACUGCGAAAAUAUGCCUAAAGCGGUUACAAAGGACACAAAAGACGGAGAUUCGUCAAUAUAUGCCGUCUCAUCUGUAAAGGAAUCUCCCUCCACAACGCCAAAGAACUGGGAAGAACCAGUUGAUUUUUCCAAACUUGACGGUGAUCCUUGGUGGGAGCCAUCGACUGAUGAUUCUUUCGCUACUUCCACAACAGCUGCGAAUUCAAGUUUUGACUCGAAUCACAGUAGACCUAGCAAUAUAAGCUCUUCAAAUAACAGUUCCACAUGUGUGUCGUCGGAUUCUCCUCGGGGUGAAGUGUCUUCGCCACCCAGAAGAAGAGCGACAAGGCGCAUGUCCACGGGCGGUAUUGCGUUUGUACCCAAUGGUGAAUCCGCAAUGCCUCCAUCGGCAUUUUUGGGGCACUCUAAUGACCUCAGUCAUGGAGGCAUUUCAGCAGGUGACAAUGCAACAAUAUCGCCCUCAUCCUUAUGGUCUUCAGCCGUCUCUUCUAUAAGAUCACCAGGCACACCAAGUCGAAGUCGGCAACAGCGGCGUUGCUCGAUUGACUCAUCUUUCGCCGCUCCCAUCAAUUCGCCUGAAUCACGUUUCGACAGACAUAGCCAUAUUGGCCCCUCAAAGAACAAUGGUAAUGAUGGGCCUUCACCGCAAAAGGCAAGAGCAGUACGUCGCUCGUCAAUGAGUGGUAGGGAGCCGGUUCAAACGGAUGAGUCCGCCAUCUCUUCCAUGAGAUCACCAGGCACUCCGAGUCGACGUCGACAGCAGCGCCGCUCCUCGAUUGGUUCAUCCUUCGCGGCUACCACCAAUCCUUCUGAAUCACAUGAUCUAGGCAGACUUGGAAAUGACGGCUCUUCGAACAACCAUGGUAGCUCUGGGCCUUCGUUGCAAAGGCCAAGGGCAGCUCGGCGUGCGUCAACGAGUGGCUCGGAGCCUGUUCCGAUGGAUGAAUGGGUCAUCUCCUCCAUGAGAUCACCAGGCUCACCAAGUCGACGUCGGCAACACCGCCGCUCCUCGAUUGGAGGUGCAUUUCCAAGCAGCUACAGUACUCCUUCACAACCAUCCGUUAAUCCACGUCUUACGCUGACCCUACCGGGAAAAGGUUUGGAUAUGGCACACAAUACAAAGAAACCAGCUAGACGUUUCUCUCUCCCCGAUUUCAUCGAUGAUGAUUUCAUUGACUCGGUUGUUGUCAAGCCACAAGUGAUUGAUAUGGAGAUGAGCUCCAGAUCGUUCGGUUUCCAUGAUCCGUCCACUUCCAAUGAACCACGCACCCAUCAACGGCAUCGAAAUUCCAUAUCAAAGGUCUCUCAAGCAGGAGGACUCGUCCCCCAACCCGAUCGUGAAAUAGCCAGGCCUUGCACUAUCCGUGACCGUCGACGGGGUUCCAUUUCGAAUACUUCUCAAGGAGCUGCAUCACGUACCAAUCCACGCCAAAUGCGUCGAGCUUCUAUAUCAGGACCCGCCAUCAAGCCUGACGAUGCAAUCACCGCAAGUGCUCCGCGUCAACGACGUCGAGGCUCCAUUAAUGCUUAUUCUCAAGGACUCACUUAUUUACAUCCCAAUGGUGACACCACCCAAAGACAAAGUUUGGCGUUCCUGAGAGAAAGUCUUGGAACAAUGAAUGCUUCGGAAGCACCCAAAUGGUAG